CGGAAAAGGAAGGCAUUAUGGUUUUUGUGCUUCCGCGCCAUCAUGGAGUUCGCCGUGCCGUCCACCGUCCCGCAGGAUCGUACGCAUGCAGUCCUGACGACUCGACAUCUGACUCUGACAGCGACUCGGACUCGGACACAUCGUCUGAAGAUGACGCGCAGAUCCGAGUGCCCAUCAAGGUGGAACCGAACGACGAUGAUGAGCUCGACGAAGAGGGGGGACCUACCGCUGGCCCUGGAAGCUAUCUCACCACCAAAAACGAAGUCGUUGAAGCCGACAUCUUGAUCCCCUCCAUCUCUGCGGUCGAGCCAGAUGAACAACUUGAGAAGGUCGGCCAGAUCAUGAACGUACUGGAGGAUGUCGCCAUAGUCAGGGGAAUCCCUGGAGGCCCCUUCUCGGGCGUCGAUCGUGCCCUCGACGCCGACACGCUACUCGUCUUCGAAGAUAGGUCUGUAUUCGGUCAUGUCUACGAGACGUUUGGACCGACCGCACUGCCUAUGUAUCAAGUCAAGUUCAACAGCAAAUAUCCCCUCGACCCCGAACGCGUGCGCGUGGAUCGUGAAGUCUUCCACGUACCGCAACGCAGUCGCUUCAUCUCCAUCAGCCAAAUCAAGGCCUACAAGGGCAGCGAUGCCAGCAACAUGCACGAUGAGGAACCUGGUGAAGACGAAGUAGAGUUCUCGGAUGACGAGGCGGAGGCAGCGUUCAAAGCUGCGAAGAAGAAGAAGCGUCGUGCUUCUUCAAGGGACCCUUCCGUUGGUCCUUCACGUUAUGGGACGCCGUCGUCCCGCAUGGGUACGCCCGCACCUUCCAUGAUUCGCGACCAGGACUUAGCCGAUGACGCGACAUGGGGCGAACCUCUGUACACCGAUCCGUACGAAGACGCUCGGGCGUCGACUUCCCGGACUGCGUCCCUCUCCUACGACGACGCGUAUGCCGACUACGUACCCGCUCAGGCCGAAGAAGUUUCACGGCCUUCCGCCAGUCCCGCGCCGUCAUCGUCUGGCCGCAGCGAAGCAGACGCGCUCAGGCCAGCGUAUAUGCCGCGACGGGGGCGCGGGCGGGGCAGAGGGGCAGGCGGGCCGCCCUCAGCUGUGCGGGGCGGGUGGUCAGGAGCGCAACAAGCGUACAGCGCCCACGACUCGCUUCAAGGUGGCUAUUCCAACCCAGCUGCCUUCACACCAGGCAUGGCAGGAGCGUAUGCCAACGGAUGGAAUCCAGCUGCCUCUCCGAUGCAACAGUCAGCUAUGCACGCUCAGCCCAUGCAAGGGCAGGCAAUGUAUGGGGCACCGUUCGUUCAGCCGCACAUCAAUCCUAUGUUCUUCGCUGGAAUGGGUGCUGGCUUGCCGCCUCAGCCAUUCCCUCAACAAAAUAAUGGAUACGCCUAUAACGCGGCCGGCGGCGCUUACAACGGUGGCUUCAACCAGGGUCAGGCGUCGUAUGGCGCGUUCGGACAACAUCAACAGCAGCAACCACAGCAACAAAACCCUCCACAAAACUGGGCAGAUCAAUGGUCGGUCCCAAUGAAUGGGACGCCGCAGGGGGGUGGCGGUCAAUCCUGAUUCUGAUUCCUGAACGUCGUCAUGUCUUCUUGGCCAUGUUCUUAGCACACGCCUUCACUAGGCUUCCGUCUUCCUGUCUACCCUCGUCGUCAUCCUCAAUAUCACUUCUUUGGAUGACCUUUCCAUCAAUGACACGGCUGCUCAGGCUGGCGCUUGAAAUCGGAGUCUAGCGGGCAAGACAUGGGGGGAUUAGAGCGCGUCUGCCUAGGAUUUUACACGAAAAUUACAGAAAAA